AUGGGUAAAGUAAUGUCCGUCGUCGGACGGCAAGUGCAGCGGUUUAAUGUUGAAAACCGAGCACAAAAGGUGAUUUCGCAGGCGAAACCCAAACCGGCGCCAAAGUUUGAGUCUAAUCUUCGCGAUCUCGAGCGCGUUCUGAAGGAGCAUCCAGAGAUCGUACAAGAACAAAGUCGUAAGAAUGUUCAUUUAGAUGAAAAUCUUCGACGUGUUUACGUUACCUCGAAGGACGUUGCGGUAAGACGAAGCAGUUAUUAUUUUUUAUCUGUGGGCGAUAAUGCCAGCCAAACCCAAGAUCCAGAUAAGCCUCUUCCAAUCAAUCGCUCUUCGGUGGAGGAAUAUGAGUUCGGUCAUCUUGAGCCGCGAGCUAUAACAAAAGGCCGAUGUACCCUUCGACAAGCGGUCCAGUUCAUUGCAAAUCAUCAAACCGACCCGCAGCAAUGGACUUCGGCAAAAAUAGCAGAACAUUACAACAUGAAGGAACCGCUAGUCGUAAAUAUUCUCGAGCAUUUUAAAUCAUUCGAGGUGCAUUUACCAGAUAAGAACCUGCAGAGACGCAGGUUGUUGACGAGAGCAACCGACACAAGUAAGCAAAUCGAAUAGUAAAGCAAAACUGAUUAUGGUAUGUAGCUUUUAACCAAAAUCUAGUAAAUGUAUAUCUUUUCA